GGAAGUUGCGUGGCAACGGCCUCAAGGGAAGGGCGCGUUCAGUCUCUCGCGGAGGGAGGGCCUUUCUCCUCACGAGGCUGGGUGGCGGGCCCUGGCUCUGCCUUCUGCUGCUGCUGCUUCUGCCCCCGGGACAGGGCUGAGCAAGGCUCCGAGGCUGGCCUUUCUCUGGGCUUGUGCUUUCUUUGGGUUGGAAGGCGGCGGCCUGGACUGAGCUUGGCCUUCCUUUUUUUCCCAGGGGGGCAUCUGCACCGUAGGAUGAAUGCAGUUUGACUCCACUUUAACGGCCGUGGCUAAAUGGGUUGAGUUUCUGUCCACUGAAUACAUCAUCAUGGCAAGUAAGAAAUUGCGAAGAGCAGGUUUACCACAGAAUCUUUGUGAAAGACUAAGUCGACAGCAGAUCACUACUUGUCAGGACUUCUUAUGUCUUUCGUUAUUGGAGCUGAUGAAAGUGACUGGACAGAACUAUUGGACAGUUCAAAAACUUCUUAACACAGUCAGCCAGUUCUGUGCUCCCAGAAUGCAAACUGUUUAUGAAAUGAAAAUGAAAAGAUCCAUGAAUCCUUCAACAGCAUUCUUGCCAACAACAUUGGAAGAUCUGGAUAAAAUUUUGCAUGGUGGAAUUGCCUGUGGAUCUAUUACAGAGAUAACUGGUCCAUCAGGUUGUGGCAAAACUCAGUUUUGCAUUAUGAUGAGCUUGUUGGCCACAUUACCCACCAGCAUGGGAGGACUCAGUGGAACUGUUAUAUACAUCGAUACAGAAUCUGCAUUCAGUGCUGAGAGGCUUAUUGAAAUAGCACAACAUCGUUUCCCUCAUUAUUUUGCAUCAGAAGAAAAGCUGAUAUCAAUGUCCAGUAGUAUCUAUCUUUAUCGGGAACUUACCUGUGAUAGUGUACUAAAAAGGAUUGAAUCCUUGGAAGAGGAAAUUAUUUCUAAGAAUGUUAAACUAGUAAUAUUAGACUCUGUUGCUUCUGUGGUCAGAAAGGAAUUUGAUACAAAACUUCAAGGGAAUCUGAGAGAAAGGACCAACUUGUUGACUAAAGAGGCAUCAAUAUUGAAGUACUUGGCUGAAGAAUUUUCAAUACCAGUUAUCUUGACAAAUCAGAUUACUACGUGGCUGAGCGAAGGCCUUGCUGUACAGGCAGACCUGCUGUCUCCAGCUGAUGACUUGCUCCUGUCCGAAGGACCUUCUAGAAAUGGAGCUGGAGAAUCUGGUUAUGUAACUGCAGCACUGGGAAAUACUUGGAGUCAUAGUGUGAAUACAAGACUCAUCUUACAGUAUCUGAAUUCACAGACAAGACAGCUUCAGAUUGCCAAAUCCCCAUCCGCACCAUUCACAUCUUUCUUAUUUGUGAUUGAAAAAUCCGGUUUGGUUCUCCAAGAUUCAGGUCAAAAGGACCAGCAAUGUUGCAGUUGGGAAGGAACAAAUCCUGCACUGCAAGCAAUCAAAGUGAGGAAAGAUACUUUCAACAAUGAACCUGAAAUGGCUUUGCCCAGUUUCACCAGCAAGAGUCCAUAGUCUACUAGGAGAGUUGCCAAAAUAAAGAAGUAUAUACAGCAAGGGGGGAAAUAUGCUGAAGCCCAAAGUGAGGAAAGAUACUUUCAACAAUGAACCUGAAAUGGCUUUGCCCAGUUUCACCAGCAAAAUAAAGAAGUAUAUACAACAAAGGCACUUGAUGCUGUUUCCUACAUCUUGAGCAUCUUCUGCAUGAAGGUUGUUAGAACAUUCCGAACUGAUGAUGCACUCUGGCAUCCAUCUUAUGCAUUCUCCUUAAUUAACACCAGCAUAAAUAUGGGUUACUGUUGGUCGAUAUGGAUGAUAAAUAGCUCUGUGCUUUUCUUCCAUUUGUGGUGCAUUGAUCUCUCUGUGUUUCUGAUGUAACAAAAACUUACCCUCCAGGUUUGAGAAGGUAGAGAGAACAUAUUUUCUGUUUGCUCUGUGUGGCAGGAUCUUCAAGGCUCCUGGCCACCAAAAUCCCAGAGGUCAAUAUGAAUUGGUCUUAAUUCUCAAAGCACCUCAUAGAUUUCAGUUGAUGUCAUACAUUUUUAUUGUAUCAAGGUAGGCCAGCAUAUUGCGAGAAAAGUACAGGAUCUGUCCAUGCUUGAUAGGAAGUAUCCUGUUUUGAAGGCAACAUCCAUAUGUUUACCUGUGAUAACAGCCUGAGGUCUCUUUCCUAUUUCAUUUGUAGCAGUAGAAGUAGUGAGAAGAAGUCUAGUCUCAGUAAAAAAAAUGGUUUCAGUAGCAAUUUCACUGUGAACUGAUUAAAAAAUAGUAAAUUAGGAUGUUUAUAGAGACUCAGGGUGUCCAAAAAAUGCUUAGCAUUGUCUUGUUCAAAACUAGUUGUCAGUAUCCUCAUCCCCAUAUUUGCAGUUUGAUGAAUCUGUGGUUGAAAGAGCAUAUCUUGUUCAUGUCACCUGCAAAGACAAUAUCCAAAGUGUUUGGGGUUUUUUUAAAAAACUAUUUUACGGUGGCAUUCAGAUGCAAAGAUACCUAUUCUUCCAAGAGGUCAACUAGGCUAGCUGAAUGCAAGGCAUGUUUGGCUCAUCAAACAUGUUGGGAAGAGAGCCAGGAUUAGACUUUAUGGAACACACUAUCUUUUGAUAAGCAAAUUAGGAAAUUAUGCCACCACCUUCUCUAAUAUAUUGUUAUACCAAAGAAUUAGGCUUGAAAGUCCUCUUACAGACCAUCUGUCUGGUGGAGUGAUACAAGUAUGAAUGCACGGUAAACUUUUUUUUCCAAAUACAAACAUUUCUGGAAGGCAAAACAAUCAUCUUGAGUGAAAAGCUCUCCACUGGCGUUUGAUAGUUUUUCCACUCCCCGGUGCCCCUUCCAUUGAAAUGAACAGAAUGUGUUUUCAUCCAAAGGGUGGGAGGGCUUUACACACCAUCUACUGCACAUAAAUCAGUAAGCAAAGAGACUCGAUGUCUUUGGAAGUAUCAUUUGGAUCCACAACCAUUUUGCUUUUAUUACAGAUGCAGAAGGAAUCAUGUCCGUCCAGGAGACUCUUUUCAGAAACACACACCCACGCUUGCUCUCUUUUCCAGACACAAAGGAGUUGUUGCCACAGCUACGCAUAGCACUAUGUUGCAAUGAGCUACUUUCUUUUCUUUUUUUAAACCCAAAUUAAGUUAGAUGGGGGAAGUGUUCCCUACCUUCUGUGUUACCUGUUGGGUAAUUUAAAAUGAAAAGGAGAAUUUCUCAUUCGAUGGCAUGGCCUACCUCUUUUACCUCUAACUGGAUAGAGCAGGGCUUCCAUUUGAUCUGGAUAAUCGUUUGAUAUUUGGGGAAUGUUUCCAAAGGCACAGAAGUCCUUCCCUUCCUUCCCCCUCCCUUGGGAUCACAUGUCUAGUUUCAGGACCUUUCAGCCACACAAUAGACUGAAUGGCAAAGCAAAUUCCACAGAGGGACACUUGCGUUUCCAGGGAACCAACAUGGCCUGGAUAAGCCAAAAAUCUUCAGGGGAUGAAAGGGAGGGAGGGAGACAGAAAAUGUGUGCACAGCAUAUUUGUGUGUGUGUUUGGGAAGCGGGGAGGUGUUUUGAAACGUCAAAUGUGGCAUUUGUUUAACCAGGUCCUCUUGUCAACAACAGUAUAAUUUUGCAAGGACAAAACUCUUAAAUGUUUUUCUCAAUCAUUUUCUCUGGAGAUAUAUUACCUAAGCCACGAGUGUAUUUAAUAAAGUUUUAUACCUUC